UUUUAUUUAUUACUUUUUUAAAAAGUUUAUACAUUCUGCUGUCUACUAGUUUUUGAAUCAUCCGAGAUUAUACUAUGCAUGCAUUUAAAUACACACCUGUUCCUCUUUGAGUCUAAGUGAAUCAUUACAGACUGUAAACAGAACAAAUAGACCAUAAAUUGUAGGGGGGAAAUCAUAAUAAUCUAUAUCUUAAUGCUAAACAUAGCUUAUUACCUGUUUCAUAAAAAACAAAGCCAAUUAUUAACCAUUCACGAUUCUUACUCCCCACCUCCCAUUUCUUAACUGUGGAAAACAAAAAGAAAAUAAAACAAAAGAUAAAAACAAAAAUCAAAACAAAUUCUUCAUACCAUUAUCAUACAAAAGAGCAUACGAACAGAAAAACUUCAUCUCUCUCCCUUCUUACCUGGUUUGGUUGUCUCCAACCCAGGUAAGUCUUCCUUGACUCUCCAGAAUAUGGCUUGAACCCAAGCCAAAAACCUUAAAACUAAACACCCCAUAAUUUCAUAAUCAUCUCACAUCACAAAAGCAAAAAAGCCAAGAAUCCAUCAUAGUCUUUUCUGGCGUACAGGAAAUUAAAACCCUUCUUGUUCCUGUAUGCCUCAUAUCUUUGUCUACUCCAACCAUGCAAGAAAGUGCAGGUCUCUUGCUUGUUCUUUCUCUUGUUCUGUCCAAUGCCAUUCUUCACGUAUGGAGCCAGGACACAGGGGCAUUACUCUUGACUUGUGGCGAUGAAGCCGGUGCCAAAGAUCUUGAUGGAAGGCAAUGGAGCCCUGAUGAGAAGUACUUAUCAAAAGGAAGCAAUUCCAUAGCAUCCAGAGCCACCUAUCAAGACCCUUCUCUAAUCUCAGAAGUUCCAUACAUGACUGCAAGAGUUUUCGAAUCCAAGUCAACAUACAAAUUCCCUAUCAAACCUGACAAGCGCUAUUGGCUGAGGCUGCAUUUCUAUCCUUCUUUCUAUGGAAGCCAUGACUGCGCGGAUUCAUAUUUCUCUGUCACAGCAAAUUCCAUCACACUCCUCAGCAAUUUCAGCGCCUCAAUCACUUGCCUUGCUCUCUCACAGGCUUACAUUGAUAGGGAGUAUUCCCUUGCAGCUCUGGGUUCUGACACCUUGACUCUCACUUUCAAGCCUGCUGACAAGAAUGGUGCUUUUGCUUUUGUCAAUGGCAUUCAACUGAUCCAAAUGCCAGAGCUUUUUGAUUCUGCUUCUAUGGUUGGUUUCGACCAAACAUUCGAUGCUAAGAGCAUGCACUUGCAAACAAUGUUCAGAUUAAACGUUGGUGGAAAAUACCUCUCUCCUACACAAGAUUCUGGCCUUACAAGGAUUUGGUACGAUGACUAUCCUUACAUCUAUGGUGCAUCCACUGGAAUCACCACAAGUGCUCCCAGUGAUGUGAAACUCAACUACCAAAGCAUGCCAGAGUACACUGCUCCUUCUGAUGUCUACCUCACAUCAAGAUCAAUGGGUACUGACAAGAAUGUCAAUAUGGGCUAUAACCUCACAUGGGUUUUCCAAAUUGAUCCCAACUCCAUGUACCUUGUUAGGCUGCAUUUCUGUGAUUACUUUAACAAGGAAGUCAAUGACCUUGCUUUCAAUAUCUUCCUUAACAGCCAAAUGGCAGAAGCUGGAAUUGAUGUGAUUGCAAUGGCAGGAGGCAGAGGAAUCCCAUUAUAUAGAGACUUUGUGGUUUAUGCUAAAGAUGGGGCUGAUAGUGACCAACUUUGGGUUGCUCUUCACCCAAAUGGUAUUACAAAGCCCUCUUACCUUGAUGCCAUACUCAAUGGUCUCGAGAUUUUCAAGCUCAGUGACACAGACUUGUCUGGCCCCAAUCCUACGCCUUCAGACAGGUUCAAUCGUGAAAGCGAAGAGAAGUUUGAAAGCCACAAACCAUACAAUAAGACCGUUGUUAUAGGUGGCGCCGCGGGUGGUGCCGCUGGUUUUGCCUUGGUGGCUGCCAUAUGUCUUGCUGUCCAUAAGAAGAAGAAAUAUGCCGGACAACACACGCACUCAAGCUGGCUCCCCAUACAUGGCAACUCAUCAGGAGCCAGCAAAUCCUCCAUGUCUGCUAGUAGCAUCGGUAGCUCCAACGUCACUGCCAUGGCUCAAGGUCUUUGCCGCUAUUUCACCUUGCAGGAGAUGAAGCAUGCAACGAAGAACUUUGAUGAGGCCAAUGUUAUUGGUGUUGGAGGAUUUGGAAAGGUCUACAAGGGUGUCAUUGAUAAUGGAAUGAAAGUGGCCAUCAAGAGAUCAAAUCCAGAAUCUGAGCAAGGAGUUAAUGAGUUCCAGACUGAGAUUGAGAUGCUUUCCAAGCUGAGACAUAAGCAUUUGGUGUCACUGAUUGGUUUUUGUGAGGACAAUGAUGAGAUGUGCCUGGUUUAUGACUACAUGGCUCUGGGAACAUUCAGGGACCAUCUCUACAAGGGAAACAAACGUCUAGGUACUCUUUCAUGGAAGCAAAGAUUGGAGAUCUGCAUUGGAGCAGCAAGAGGGCUUCACUACCUUCACACUGGAGCUAAGUACACCAUCAUUCAUAGAGAUGUCAAGACAACUAACAUUCUCUUGGAUGAAAACUGGGCUGCAAAGGUUUCGGAUUUCGGGUUGUCAAAAACAGGUCCAAACAUGAAUAACGGCCAUGUGAGUACUGUGGUGAAGGGAAGUUUCGGCUACUUGGAUCCUGAAUACUUCAGAAGGCAGCAACUGACCGAGAAAUCCGAUGUGUACUCAUUUGGGGUUGUUCUGUUUGAAGCUCUAUGUGCUAGGCCUGUUUUGAAUCCUAAUCUUCCAAAGGAACAGGUUAGUCUUGCAGAAUGGGCACUACUAUGCAAAAGAAGGGGAACACUAGAGGAGAUCAUUGAUCCUUCUUUAAAGGGAAAGAUCAAUCCAGAAAGCUUGAAGAAGUUUGUAGACACUGCUGAGAAGUGCUUGUCUGACGUUGGAGUCGAACGUCCUACCAUGAACGAUCUGUUGUGGAAUCUUGAAUUUGCUCUCACCCUGCAAGAGAGUGGUUCAACUCACUCUUCAGCGUCAGACAGCGGAGAAGGUGAGCUUGAAGAAAUAAGUUUAGACGACAAAGACACAGCAAGCCAUAAUAAGAGCCAGAGCCUUGGGGUUCAGAAUGAGCUUAGCCAGCAGCAGCAGGAGGAUUCUACCAGUGCUAAUACAGGUGCCAUCUACUCACAAUUUGUCAACCUCAAUGGGAGAUGAAGAACUGCUAUGGUCUAUGGAUGAUUCUUGAUUGUCUAGUUUAAUUAGGGGAGAUACAAGGAAGCCAUGGGAUUCAAGCAAAAUAAAAACACCAGCUUCUUUUCGUUGCUUCUUCAAAGGAUGUAAUGCUAUGAUUGCUCUUUUUCUAUUCUCUCCUAUUUGUCAUGUUCAACUUGCCUCUUGUUCAUAAUAUAGAUAUACAUAUAUAUAUUUUAUAUACAUAUAUUUUUUAUUUAUAGUUAGCAAGUUUCGGUUCUACAUAGACCGAAUCUCAUUCAUGUAUUAUAUACUCUAUAGAUCUCAGUAAAGGAAGCAUUUGGAUAA